CGGGGCUGGAGCGGGCUGAGUGUGGAAGACGGAAGGCGGAGAGCGGAGAGAGAGAAUGGACCGACAGAGGGAGCGGGACAGAGUUGAUCUUGUACCUUGACCCCGCCAUGAUGCUGCAUGAAAAAGCAAAAGGAAAACAUUAGAAAGUGAUUGCAAGAGCCCAGACCGAGAGAUACCGGGAAAGAGCGACUCCUAUUUAUCCUCUUCACCUUGAGGAGUCGGAGGAUGCCAUGGACUUCCAGACGUCUGAAGGCAACCGAAGCCGCAGGAAUGAGAUCAUGCAGAGGAAGGAUCUGAACCUUCAGGAGGAAGACAUAAACUCUGAUGACGAGCUGUCAGACGAUGGUCAGACCAGACAAAAAGCCGAGAGACGCAGAGCCAAGAAGAAGAGACAGCGAGAGCGGAAAAGGCUCGAGAAGAAGAAAGAUGUUGAAGCGAAUGAACAGGAACCCGAGUGGGACGUAAACAGCGCGUUCGUUGCCAACGCCGCCAGUCACAUCAGACCAAAGAGCAGGAAUAAACUCGACACCAAGCACAGCGCCAACAAGGAGAACGAAGGGAAGAUGCAAGAGGGCGAUUGCACAGAUUCCUCAAUCCAAAGAAGCCAAAACCUUGCCGAACAAGGCAUUCAGUUGGUAGAAGACGGGAACUACGCCAAAGCCAUCAACGUGUUCAGUGAGGCCAUCAGAUUAGAUCCGAAAGAUUACAGGUAUUUUGGCAAUCGGUCAUACUGCUACGAACAGCUGAAGCUCUACCCCAAGGCCCUGAUGGAUGCCGAAACUUCCCUCGAGUUAUCCGCCGCCUGUCCUAAAGGUUAUUUCAGGAAGGGCAGAGCUCUGAAGGGUUGCAAUAGAUAUGCCGAGGCAGAAGAAGCUUUCCAGAUGGUUUUACAGCUGGACAACGGGUGUGAGGAGGCCGUGAAGGAGAUCCAUACAUGUCAAGUUCUACAGCUCAUGGUUCAUGGAUUCACCCAGGAGCAGAGCGCCGCGUUGCUGGAGGAAUAUGAAUCUGUGGCUGCUGUCAUGGAGGCUCCGAUAUCUGCCAAAGUGUUGCAGGAAAAUGUGAACCUGGAGGAUCCGGCAGAAGAGGAGCUGCUCUUCCUAAAUGACUUAUCUCAGAGCUGCUCUUUGUGGGUGGGAAAUAUCACCGAGCAGAUCACAGAAAAGCUACUGAGAGAUGCGUUUAAAUGUUACGGAGAGCUGCACAGCAUCCGACUGCUUGGUGAACGUUUUUGUGCUUUUGUGAAUUAUAAGUGUCCUGUCGCUACGGCCAAAGCACUGGAGGGACUUCAGGGUAAAGAAAUUGAGAACACAAGAUUAGUGAUCCGAUACCCAGACAAGCCUUACCGACCCUCCACUGUGACCACGUCUGACGCACAGACUAAGCCAGCUGCAAUAAAUGCAAAGAAGAAAGUCCCAUUCAAGACCAAUGAAUGUUUCUACUGGAGGGCCAAUGGUUGCACUUAUGGAGACAAAUGUCGAUAUCGGCACAUCCCGGAGAAUAGAGGCGCGGACAAGAAGCCGGUGAAAUGCUGAUCAAUAGGAGAAGUGCGGCUUUUCCGUUUAGGAUCUCCAAUUAAAGAGUAUUGAAUCGGCAUCAGAAAUGGUUUUUGGUGCACUUUUGGUGUUACAGACUCCGAUGGCACCGUUGUUCUUCUGUGAAGGGACUGUAGGCCAAGCCUCGGUGUGGCCAUCUUGUUCUCUAGAUGUGUUCGGCGUGCCAUAGAUUAAUAAAAAGCCAUGGAGGGAG